AUGAAUAGAUCCGACUCCAUUCGUCGGGAUCGCUCCUUCGACAGCGUUCUCAAUAAGUUGAUGCGUAUGCGGUCACAGAACCAUGAAACGUUCAAGGCAGCGAUGUAUAACUUUCUCAUAGCAGCUGGCGUUGCUGCGUUUGUUGCCGUCUGCUUUAUUUUAGGCCCAUUUGUACGUCCCCUACUCUGGGCUUUUCUUAUGGGCGCAGUCCUCUUCCCAUUCAAAAGGCAUUUGGCACAACUGCUGAAUGGCUGGUUCGAGCGCCUGGAAGAGCGCGAUUCAAAUGUUAUGGUAUCGAUUUGUUUAGCACCGCUUGAAGCCAGUGAAUAUUGUGGAAGUUUGGUAGUGAGCUGGUUGCGAGAACACUGGCAGCUAUUGACAGCAGGCGUCGGCGCGGCUGCGUGCUUCAAACUGUUAAUGCUCUAUGCGCCUAAGGGAUUUCUGUGUGCGGUUUGGCGUUUCGUCGUUUUUUCGCAUAGCACUUUUGUACAAUUAAUUGGCUUUCUAAAUAUUUACAUGCUAUUUGCAAUAAUUGCAAUCUACUUAACGUCUGUGUAUUUUUUAUGGAAGCCCGAAAAUAGCACCAAGUUCGUCAUGGCUGGCCAAUCACUUUGGAUGGCAAUAGUUAGUUAUGGUUGCAGCUUUUUAGGCGCACUGCAAGUACCAGCUUUUAUUUUGAUAAUGUUGUAUGUAGGUGCAUCUAUAAUUUAUCAUAUGCGCACUGCUGAAGGUUCCAGUAGUUAUAUAGAUAAACUAAAAAAGUUAUUGGACAAGACUGAUUUUGAAAAGUCAGUAAGAAACAUUAGCAUCAAAAAGCAAAGUCUACAUUCUGAUACCGAAGAUGUCUCGUUGACCGAGACGAUAGAUUCCCUAGAUACUUCAGAGCUAGAAGCAACAUUUUUGUAUCGCAACAUAUGGAUGUUCAUAUUGGCCGCUAUACCCAUAUCACUGCAUUUAUUAUACACCUUUUGCAAUAUAACGGGCUUUACGGCGUUCAUUUCAAAUAAAUUCAAUGAAGUCUAUGAAAACCUUAAGUCUUGGGCUAUAGAACAUCACUCUGCCGUAUUGCCACUUUGUUUGCCGGGUGUGCUUGAAUUGAAUUAUAAAAUAAAUGCUAUCAUACGUGAUUCAUUGAAGUCCUCCGUCGAUUUAGUCACUUCCAUACUGAUGAUUAUUCUGAUGCUUUUGCUCAUUGUAUUUUUAAGUGUAUUUUUUUGUGUGAAUAUCUAUUCGGAAACGAUUGAGGUUGCUUACUUAGGCAAGGAUUUGAUAAAUAAAACAAUUACUGACCGUCCCGAAUUGGUCGACAUACUGCCUGAGAAUAUACAGUCUUCUCUAGAUGAUGCGUUGGAUAAUGCGCAUCAUUACGGACGCCGCAAAAUUGAAACAUAUAUCGAUGACUGGCUUGCUGAAGCAGAUUCAGUGCAUGCGACAAAAUUAAAGGAGCAAAUAUUAGAUGUUUGGGAUCGUUUAAUACAGUACUGGAUUGAUGUAAACAAAUCCGAUUCCUCCUAUGGACCACGUGUGCCAACUGAUGCGCUUAAGACGACAUUCGGUGAAAUUGUUGAUAAUCCAGGUAAGCAUUAAAUCGGCAUUACAAGUGCUGUUAUUUGUGAUUGUUUACCUAAUCCUUUUUUAACCCAAACACAAAAACAAAAGCAAUUUUUUUCAUACAAAUAUUUUUUUACACAUUGCAAAACUAACGCCUAUAGAUGUAGUAGAUAUGUACAUACAUCUGUAUGUACAGUUAUGUGCAAACAUUUGUACAUACAUAUUUAUUUCAACAUACUCAUUAUUAACAAAAUCAUGUACCAG